AUGUCUCCCACGCUCCCGCUCGAGCUCCAGCUUCACAUCCUCGAGCUCGCCCUGCCGCCGCUCAUCCGCCGCAACCUCGACGAGCGCGUUCGACUCUGCAAGGCGUUCUCGCUCGUUCAUCGCGACUGGACGAAGACGGCGCAGCGCGAGCUUCACGAGCAUAUUACCGUGACGUGUUGGCAGCUGGAUUCUUUCAUUCUGGCGGCGAGGGACCGAAUUCUUGCGGCCCACGGAGGAGGUUGGUCUGUCAAGCGCCUUGACGCACGUCUGCGAGGCACGGGAGGCGCGAUUAUCUUGCUUGAAGAGGGUCAAGGAGUUGAGUGGAGCGCAAUUGAGGAGAUGUGGGUGAACAUGGACGAGGGUGACUUUGCCGAGUUGGGCGCUGAUGGGCUCCGCCGCCUGCACAUCUAUGACGUCUGGAGACGCGGCUUGCUCGGCUUUCUUCAUGCACUACCUACUCGGCUCACCUACCUCGGCCUACACAACGUGAGCCUUCGGGAUUGGAGCGCCGUACGCUUGCCCGCGCUUGAAGUCCUCAUCCUUGAUCUUGUCGCCGACCCACUUCCGUGGGCCACCCUGAUCCCAAGCCAUGUCAAGCUCCGUGUUCUCGCAUGCCGGUGCAACUUCCCACGCAUCGACACCGACACUCUAGCCAAUAUGCCUCAACUCCACCACUUCAUUGCCGUCUUUGAUACGACAUACCGCGCCGCGGAUCUCUGGCCUGCCUUGUUUGACGCACCCGACCCGCAUUCGCCGCCCGUCCGCCUUCCUCAACGCCUGCAAACCUUCACCUGUCUCGCGACGAAGUAUGAUCCUCUUCCAGACGAUCAGUCAGGCUUGACGUCGCUCAAGAUUGCCUGCGAAGAGCUGGGGACGGUACUCGCCGUUCGUCUCGACCUGACAAACCACGAAGUGCGGGUAUUCGAUUUGGAGGAAUGGGCUCACUCCGUCGGCGUCUGA